UGACUUUUAUGUUAUGCUCAGCUAGUACCCUAGGGCUGUAUUAUUGCUUUGACUUGCCAUGGCUUAUAGACUGACUAGUGCGUGAGGCUUUUGUUUGACGGCAACCUCGGUCCUUUUGAGUCGUAUUUAUUUAUUUAUUAAUUUAUUAAUUCUUGUUCCUUCACAAUGUUAUAAAAUUGUGUCAGAGAGCCUGAGUGUGCUGUUUUCUGUUCUCGUUCUCCCGCCCUCUAUGAGACUCCGUUCAGCCCGACGGGGGGCGCCGCGGCUCCACUUUUUUUUUCUUUUCUUUUUCUUCUUUUUUUUUUUUUUUUUUGAAAGAGCGCUGUGUGAAAAGAGAAGCCGCUUUUUUUGUGGCGAAACUAAAAGCUCCCCCCAAAACCCGAAACUGACCAAUGAAUAAAAAAAACAACUUCUCCGUGAGAGGCCAGUAGAGGACCGUGUGGAAAAUUCGCGUUAGCGGUACAGCGGUAUGGAGUUCCCGCAACACCAGAAGCCGCCGGGGGACGGCAAGAUCAUUUACCCGCCCGGAGUGAAGGAGAUCACGGACAAAAUCAGCAACGAUGAAGUGGUGAAACGGUUAAAGGUGGUGGUGAAAACAUAUAUGGAUAUGGAUCAGGACUCUGAGGAGGAGAAGCAGCAGUACCUGGCUCUCGCACUACACCUGGCUUCAGAGUUCUUCUUGCGGAACCCCAAUAAAGAUGUUCGGCUCCUUGUGGCCUGCUGCCUUGCAGAUAUCUUCAGGAUCUAUGCUCCUGAAGCCCCGUACACGUCUCACGAUAAACUCAAGGAAAUAUUUUUGUUCAUCACACGUCAGCUGAAGGGUUUGGAGGACACCAAGAGUCCCCAGUUCAACAGAUAUUUCUACCUACUGGAGAAUCUGGCCUGGGUGAAGUCGUAUAACAUAUGCUUUGAGCUGGAGGACUGUAACGAGAUCUUUAUUCAGCUCUUCAAAACCCUCUUCUCCGUCAUCAAUAACAGCCAUAACCAGAAGGUGCAAAUGCACAUGCUUGACCUGAUGAGCUCCAUCAUAAUGGAGGGUGAUGGAGUAACCCAAGAGCUGCUGGACACCAUUCUCAUUAACCUCAUCCCUGCACACAAGAACCUGAAUAAACAAGCAUAUGACUUGGCCAAGAUGUUGCUAAAGAGGACCGUACAGACCAUUGAAACAUGCAUUGCCUCAUUCUUUAAUCAGGUGUUGGUGAUGGGUAAGUCCUCUGUGAGCGAUCUAUCGGAGCAUGUCUUUGACCUCAUACAAGAGCUGUUUGCCAUCGACCCACUGUUGCUUGUGUCUGUCAUGCCACAACUUGAGUUUAAGUUGAAGAGCAACGAUGGAGAAGAGCGAUUAGCUGUUGUAAAGCUGUUGGCUAAACUCUUCGGCGCGAAAGAUUCUGAACUGGCCACCCAAAACCGCCCACUCUGGCAGUGCUUUCUGGGACGGUUUAACGAUAUCCAUGUUCCUGUGAGACUGGAGUGUGUGAAGUUUGCCAGCCACUGCCUCAUGAACCAUCCAGACUUGGCGAAGGACCUUACAGAGUACUUGAAGGUAAGGUCACAUGACCCUGAAGAGGCAAUCCGGCACGAUGUCAUCGUGACUAUCAUCAACGCCGGGAAGAAGGACCUGAACCUGGUUAACGACCAGCUGCUGGGCUUUGUCCGAGAGAGAAUGUUGGACAAGAGGUGGCGUGUUCGUAAGGAGGCGAUGAUGGGUUUGGCGCAGCUAUUCAAGAAGUACUGCCUGCACCACGAGGCUGGCAAGGAAUCAGCUCAGAAAAUAAGCUGGAUCAAAGACAAACUGCUGCAUAUAUAUUACCAGAACAGCAUCGAUGAUAAGUUGCUGGUGGAAAAGAUCUUUGCGCAGUUUAUGGUUCCUCACAGUUUGGAGACCGAGGAGAAGAUGAAGUGCUUAUAUUACCUUUACGCCUGCCUGGACACCAAUGCGGUCAAAGCUCUGAAUGAGAUGUGGAAGUGUCAGAACAUGCUGAGAGGACUCGUGAGGGAGCUUCUGGACCUGCAUAAGCUGCCCACGUCUGAAGCAAACACAACAGCCAUGUUUGGAAAGCUCAUGACCAUCGCCAAGAAUCUGCCAGACCCAGGGAAAGCUCAGGACUUCAUGAAGAAGUUUAAUCAGGUUUUGGGUGAAGACGAGAAGCUGCGUCUGCAGCUGGAGCAGCUCAUCAGCCCGACCUGCUCUUGCAAACAGGCCGAGCAGUGCGUGAGAGAGAUAACACGCAAGUUAACGUACCCCAAGCAGCCGACAAACCCCUUCCUGGAGAUGGUGAAGUUUCUGCUGGAGAGAAUUGCACCAGUGCACAUCGACUCCGAGGCAAUCAGCGCCCUGGUGAAGCUUUUAAAUAAGUCGAUCGAAGGCACUGCUGAUGAUGAAGAUGAGGGAGUUACUCCUGACACGGCCAUCCGUGCCGGACUGGAACUACUCAAGGUUUUGUCUUUCACCCACCCCACGUCGUUCCACUCUGCCGAGACGUACGAGUCUCUUCUGCAGUGUCUCAAAAUGGAGGACGAUAAGGUGGCAGAGGCGGCCAUUCAAAUCUUCAGAAACACCGGCCAGAAGAUCGAGAGCGAGCUGCCGCAGAUCAGAUCGACUCUUAUUCCCAUACUUCACCAGAAAGCCAAGAGAGGGACCCCACACCAAGCCAAACAGGCGGUGCACUGCAUCCACGCAAUCUUCCACAACAAAGAAGUCCAGCUGGCUCAGAUAUUUGAGCCGUUGUCUCGUAGUCUGAACGCAGAUGUCCCGGAGCAGCUGAUCACACCUCUGGUCUCUUUGGGUCAUAUCUCCAUGCUGGCUCCGGAUCAGUUCGCCUCGCCCAUGAAGUCCAUCGUAGCCAACUUCAUCGUGAAAGAUCUGCUGAUGAAUGACCGAUCUGUGGGCAGUAAGAACGGUAGACUGUGGACGACCGACGAUGAAGUUUCCCCUGAAGUGUUGGCAAAGGUUCAAGCCAUUAAGCUGCUGGUGCGAUGGUUAUUAGGGAUGAAGAAUAACCAGUCUAAAUCGGCGAACUCCACCCUGAGACUGCUCUCUGCCAUGCUGGUCAGCGAGGGAGACCUAACGGAGCAGAAAAAGAUCUGCAAGUCGGAUAUGUCCCGGCUAAGACUGGCAGCAGGCAGCGCCAUUUUGAAACUAGCACAGGAACCCUGCUACCAUGACAUCAUCACACCAGAACAGUUCCAGCUCUGUGGACUCGUCAUUAAUGACGAGUGCUACCAAGUUCGUCAAAUAUUUGCUCAGAAGCUACACAUGGCUCUGGUGAAGUUGCUGUUGCCCCUGGAGUAUAUGGCUGUGUUUGCUCUGUGCGCUAAAGACCCGGUUAAAGAGCGCCGUGCCCACGCCAGACAGUGCCUACUGAAAAACAUCAGUGUCCGUAGGGAAUACAUCAAACAGAAUCCCAUGGCACAGGAGAAGCUCCUGUCCCUCUUGCCAGAGUACGUGGUACCGUAUAUGAUCCACUUGCUGGCACAUGACCCGGACUUCACGAAACCACAGGACUUUGAACAGCUCCGAGACAUCAAAGAGUGUUUGUGGUUCAUGUUGGAGGUGCUGAUGACUAAGAACGAGAAUAACAGUCAUUCGUUCCUAAGGAAGAUGGUGGAGAACAUCAAACAGACAAAAGAUGCUCAGGCACCCGAUGAUCCAAAGGCCAACGAGAAACUGUACAUCGUUUGUGACGUGGCACUGUUUGUCAUCACAAACAAGAGUACUUCCUGUCACCUGGACUCACCCAAAGACCCUGUGCUGCCCAUUAAGUUCUUCACGCCACCUGAUAAGGACUUCAUCAACGAUAAGGACUAUCUCUCUGCUGAGGCCAGAAACGUCCUGCUCACUGGAAAGAUUCAGCAACAGCCAAAGCAGACCGGAGUGUUGGGAGCCGUGAACAAGCCGUUAGUGGUCACGACAGUACGCAGACCGUAUGCUAAAACCACGGUUUCCAACACCGGAAGCAACGCCAGCACCAACUCCCAGCCCGUGUCUCCGGCAACUCCUAAAAACAAGGACGUGAGUUCUAACGCAUCAGAAGCAGGAGCGAGGGAGAACGAGGAGAAUCCGCUGAUUGUGAAAGAGGACGGUGGAAAGAAGGAGGAAGCAACAACACCGGCUCAGGCAAGCGGGAGAAAGCGGAACGCUCCGGCGACUGAUGGGACCGAGAACAGUGUGGCCUCAAACCCUGUUGCGGCGUCACAGCCUCCUCCUAACAAGCCUCGCCGAGGCAGACCCCCAAAAAACGCAGCCGCCGCAGCAGCCAAUAAAGAGAAAGAGGUCACGACUACACCCGGGAGCGGAGCUGGGCGGGGCAGAAAGAGGGCAGCACCCUCCCAGGAUCCCACCUCAACAGCCUCACCCGAACCAAUCAGUGGAAAGAUACCAAAACAACAGAAAGAGACCGAUUCCAAGCGGGCAGGACAACAGCGGCAGAUCGACCUGCAAAGGCACCUUUUCCCGAAAGCAGACAAGCCAGACAAAAGCGUGUUCAGCCUCAAACCCCACCAGCCUCAGCUAGCAUACGGAAGUGAAGGAGAAACGGAGAGAGGUCUGGAGUCGAGCCCAGACUGCUUUCUUUCUCUCGCUCAGUUAGUAGAGGAUCAGGGUAAAGCCACCGACUCCGAACGCCCAAGCCACAGACGAGGAGAAACGGCCCACGAAGCAGGACAGGGGCAGCUGGCAGUAAAGCGACGAUCUACAAACGCCCGGCUGUACAGCCUUACCACCCGACAGAUGCCCCGUCACACCCUCGAUCGCUCUUUUGCUUCUGACGUGAACGACACGCACACGAUUCCACACACACAUACUUGAAAACAGAAGUGUGAGUGAGUGCACACGUUCACACACGCGCACACACACACACACACACACACACACACACACACACACACAACCACACCCCAACCCUCAACUUUUAGACAAAUGAGGAUUGAGAUGUUUCCAUUCUGUUGAGCGUUACAAUACAUAGACACAACACUGUUCCCUCUUAUGAUGUUUAAUUUCUUCUUUAACACUGUCUGGAGCCAUUUUUUUAAAAAAUAAAACAAAAACAAACGAGUAUUUGGAAGCAAAAAGACAGUUUUAAUCUACUAUAUAAAUCUAUACCAUUGGCUUAUUAAAUGCCCGGAAAGAUUUGUUGUUUCCUGUGCAUUCUCUCCUGCGCUGCCGGACUUCUCCAGUCUGUCCGGCCCUGCUGUCAGAUUAACAGCUCGUUCUGUGCAACACAGACGUGUUCAGCGACGGGGAACAUGUGUAAUGGUUACUGUAAUAACACUUUCUUUUAUAUAUAUAUAUAAAUCUGCCACUGGGAAAGAAACGGACCUGGUCUGAAAUCAGCAGAUGUCCCAUUGCCUUUUGAAAUUCCAGAUCUGUAUAUGAAGUUGAAUCUAUGAAAUCCUGCUCUCUUUGUUGCAGAUGUGGCAUUUCUAUACCCGUGUAAUGUGGUUUUAGGUUCCAAGCAGUAGGGCAAGUCCGUCAUUCAUGUUUCUUCGACUGCGUUGUAUGCAAGUUCAGAACUUGUAGUUUAAAUACCUUGAUUUAAUCAAACCUGGCAGAGGAAAUAUUUGCCUUUUGUUUUGUUUUUGUUUUUUUUUUUUUAAAUCCUGUUUUGUACAAAGCAUAAAAAUGCAAGGAUUGGGCUUCUCGUAUUCCCUCCUCUCGGUUCAGAGGAGCGAGUGAGCGAUGCUGUAGAAUUUUUUAUACACAUAGUUAAUUUUGAACUGAAAUGUUCAGAUGCAGCAGCUCUAUUGUACUGCAUUAAAAAAAAACAAAAAAAAAGUGAUUUGAAAUUGUUUAUAGUUUUGUUUUGAACUGUUUUUCAUUAUUUUAGGAUGGGUCUGUUUUAUCUUUAGUUUUACUUAAAAAUCUUUGUCCGUUUUAAGAAGAAAAAAAAAAUGAAUUACACACACACACACACACCUUUUCAUUUUUCAAGCAUUUUUUUAUUCAAAGAAAUGAUAGUUUCACAAUAAAUAACCAUGCUUGUACAGAUUGCUUAAAUUUUUGACUUUUUUUCCCCCCACUUCCUAACAGAACAUGUCUUUCCUCCUCUCCCCCGUUUAGCGGUUUCUUCGUGCAAUAUUGAACAUGGUCAUUACUACAGGAAGACAGACUUCAUUUUUUUUUUGUUGUUUUUUUGUGUUUUCAUACAAAACAGAAACCAAGCCAUCAAUGGUGCACUGAGAGGAUGGCCAAUACUUAAAGAAAGGGACUUUAUGUACAAGUGAAGAGAAGGUGUGUGUGUGCGCAAGAGUGAGAAUGAUUCCACUGGUUUGUUGUUUUUCCAGCAUGAGAUUGCGUGUGGUUCCUGCGAAUUAAAGGAUUCAAAGAUGGGUUGAGAA